AUGCCUUUUGACGAUAAAAAAGGUAUGCAGAUUGCAUACGAAGAAGCCCUCGAAGGUUACAAGCAGGGAGGAAUUCCAAUCGGCGCAUGCCUGAUCCACGAAGACGGCCGGGUCGUUGGACGUGGACACAAUAUGCGUGUCCAGAAGGACUCGAUGACUUUGCAUGCAGAAAUCUCCUGCUUUGAAAACUCGGGAAGACUUCCUGCCAGCCUCACCAAAAAGUGCACCCUCUACUCGACCUUGAGUCCAUGCACAAUGUGCACCGGCUCUGCUUUACUUUUCAAGAUUCCUAGGGUUGUUAUAGGGGAAAACGAGACGUACAUGGGUGGUGAAGACUGGCUUGCCAAGCAUGACGUUGAGCUAAUCAAUGUCAAGGAUAACAGAUGCAAAGAUUUGAUGGAUAAGUUCAUCAAAGAACACCCUGAGAUCUGGAAUGAAGAUAUUGGUGAGUAA